AAGUAAGUGUGACUGUCCGAGUGUCCAGAAGAACUGUGGCUGGUUCUGCAAGAUGCUCAGUAAAACCUACAACUCAUUUCCUUAUCAAACUGCACUCGUUGUACCUGAGACUUUUUUUUUACUUCGUCUCGAUCCAGCCAAAGAGCAACUCGAGUAAGUGCAAAUAUUUCUUAUGAUCAGAUCGGUUGAUAUGCGUGCGCUGUUGUGCAUACACAGGAGAAAUGACUGAGCAUUUUUUCCAGAAUUAAAAGUAUUUUCCUUGAAAAUAGUUUUGCUCCGCUUUGAGUUUAGAGAGUAAAAUUUGGAAUUGGAGUGGGAGCAAAAUUAGAGUAAUUGUGUAACAGAGUAACUAAGUAGGUUGUGGCUCUGAACUGAGUCAAAUAGUACGAGUUAAUUUCAAGACACACUGAAUAGAUUCAAAUACCAAAAUAAAGUUAAAUACCAGAUAAAUGAAGUUGUUAUAAAAAGCAGUUUUAGGAAUGUGUGAAAAACAUUACUCGUUGUGGCUUGACCUGAUGGGAUUAAGAGUUGGCAGUGGGAGGGGUUUUCACCCUUCUCAUUGAAUGGAAUGGAAAUUUUUACUCUUCUCAUUGAAUACCCCUCCCAUUGCCAACCCUUUAUCCCAAAACAAGAGGACAUAAUUUUUUCGAUGGCCAGUUAAUUGUCCAAAUCAGUGGAGCAAGUUGAAGUUUCUGAACUUGAUACAUUCCUAAGGCUGAACAGAAUCACCUCAAGUGACCAAAAUGGUUCGACAGAAUGGGUAAAGUAAUGCUUUUUCACACAUUCCAACACAAUUCUAAAACUGCUUUUUACAACAUCUUCAUUCAUCUGCUAUUUUUUAAAAAGUACAAUCAUGACAUAUUGAGGUUUUUCACCCACGUGACCAAGUCAUGUGAUGCAUCGUUAGGCUGCCAUUUUGGACGUCACGGCUCGAAUCAGUUUGAAUGCGAGGAAGGCAACAAACGAAAAACAUAAAAGCAAAAGGAGCGAGAUGCAGAAAACACCUUCACUAUCCAGCGACGUAGGGCAUUUACAGGGGAGAGCAGAGGGAGAGGUAUUUGCAAAAAUUGAGGUUAGCAGGCUUAGAGAACGACGUUUACCUGCUUCCACUAGGAUUGUUCACUGACGUAUGGAAGUACACGAAGCCCUCGUCUUUACCUGACUUCGGCCCACAUGAUCUGUAUACCUAUGUCGUUAAAAACCCAUCGCCAUACACAGGUAUUGAUCUGAAAGCGUAUAAGAGUUUGGAUGCCUACAAAUAUUUUGUGUCAGGCUGGGUAACAUGCCUACAUCAGUGGGUCGUCCCUGGAGCUGGUGGUCACCAUCUUAUUACAGCUAAGGUCCGUUACACCUUUCUUCUCCUUCACAAAUGGAUCGUUCAUCUCUUUUAAUUCUACUGACUAUAGGAGUAUUUUGGUUUUUGCCUGAUACCGUCCUGUCCCAGCCAUGAAUUCAAACGGCUUGCAACAAAAUUUCAUCUUGUUUCUCGAAAAGACAAAAGAGACUAAAGAGGCACCCAAAAACCUCAAUGGGCGUCUCUGUUGUGAGAAAUGCCGCUUUUCAACCAAAGACACUGCGCUAUUUGAAAGGCAUGUGGCUCAACACGAGGAAGUGACCUUCUCCUGUACGAUCUGCAACCAUAUCUCGUACUCGAGAGUCGAAUCUCAACGCCACCUUGUUAAACACAAAGGAUCGUUUCCCUACAAGUGUAAUUGGUGCACUUACGGAGCAGUCAGAAGGGAUUACAUGGUAAAACACAUUCAGAGGAUACAUGGGAAGUCUGCAGAUGGGAUCUUCACAACUGAUUGUACGAAAGUAAUUGAAAGGACUAAAGGUCUGUGCCUACCCACUCAGAGAACUUUGGGUGGACCUUCACAUGAUGUAAAGGUUGUGAGCCAUUCAGCAGGAAACGUGUCCGGUCUCCUUGCUAGUCAGACAAGACCGAGUGCACCUUAUCAUGUUACAAGUACAACUUGCAGUCUACCCAUUACUAAGUCUCAACCCUACAUUGUGCCCAGUCCGACUCACACAGUAUGUAAAGUUACACAAGGAAUUAUUAAUCCGCCAAAUGUCGCUGUUAAAGAAGUGGGUCCAACGGUAGGUAAAGCGACAGAGUAUAUAAAAAACGUGACUGACAAAACAUCCUUGGAGAAGACUGCCGUGACAAGUGGACUUCCCAGAGUUCAUGUUGGAAUAUCUGGAGAGCGUGCGGUUCAGCAAAAGCCACCGCUUCAGAGCCAAGUGGCAGGUGCCGCAGAGAAAAUGACAAUUCAGUCCAAAAUAAUUCCAAAAAUUCAAGUUGGCCUUCCAGUCUGUAAUAAUAACCAUCUGAAGACACUUCUCGGCAACCAGCGUGAAGCUCCAGUAGCACAGAAAUCAGUUAUUUCUGGAGCUGUCCAAAAUAUUCCAGUAGCACAUGUAGUCCAAAGGUCUGUUCCAUCUUCAGCAAAUCCCACUACCCCUGUUGAGCGAUUCAGACAGGGAGCACAAUCGAUAAAACAAGGGGCUCAGACACCAGAAAAAAACAGUCAACAAAGGGCAAGACCCAAUUUCCUUUUGAGGACACCACCUAAGACUUUUGAGUCAAGUACAAAGUCAGGUUUACAAUUGGGGUUGUUGGCACCCUUAAACCAGCCCAUCCAACACAACAGACCCAUGAAAAUAUCAGGUCCUGAAGAGAGAAAUCUUGUCCGGUCCAACGUUCAAGUGGAAUUGCUAGCACCUUUAAACCAGCCCAUACAACACAACAAACCCUUAACAGUGUCCUGUCCUGAAGAGAUUACCAUCCCGGCUGGAUGCCUUGUCGAAUUGGUGGAGGUGAAAAACGUGAAUGGUACACGAGAAUUGGAGCUUCGGCUAGUACCGCAGCAGCUUACCGGACCUCAACAGGGGGACUUAAAAAGUACCCCUGUAACUGCGACAACAAGCAGAUUGUCAUUUAAAUGUAGGGUUGCAACAGAUGAUAAUCAACCGAUAAAUAUCAACCACGAAAUCAACACCCCAAAGACAAAUGCCAUUCCUGAGCGUCUGGUCCAGGGAUCGCACGUGAAGAAGCUUUCAGCAGAUGACAAGGUAAACGUGAAAAAUGAAGCUGAGGUGAAUGAGAAAAUGCUUUGUUCCAGGAAGAACGGGACACAGGCACCAGGAUCAUCAAGUAAAUGGGUUCAUGCUGUCUCGAGGCCUGGAGCGCCUCACCCUUCAGAAUCGCACAAGUUUUCGCAACAGCUGUGUGCCGGACGCAAAAAUGUUGUGACAGAACCGAUUAAGCCACUGUCCCACGUGCACUGCACAGUAAAAAAUACUUUUCCGCGUGCAAGUAACAGGAACAUGACAGCUGAAGGUCUUAAAUAUGAGCUCAGAGCUGCUCAACCAGCACCAAACAAACAGGAAGAUGCAGAAUUGAGUCAUCAAGGACUCCCUGUCAUUUCAUCGGUUUUUUCACUGUGUCCUAUUCCUCAAGAUACUAUGAGCCAUAUUCGCACCAGAGAAGGAGAAAGCCAGGUAUCUGUAGCUUCAGAAUCAAAAGAAAUGGUUAAAAGCAGAGAUGACCCAAAAUUCCUUCCACCUACCCUGAAAACAGAGGAUGAAACAAGAUUGUUGACUGACUGUGUUCAGAAAUCUGGUCAACUUGCUGAAAAAACGGAUGAGAUUUUAGAAGAACCCAGGGUACCUGAAGAUGUCGUGAAACAAAAUCUUGACGCCGCUGGGGAAAAGAAGUCCGCAAAUGAUGCGGAGGACAAGAUUACACCAGAACUCUGUCGAUCUUCGACUGAUGCUUUCCAGACAGAUUCAUCAUCCAAUAUGAACAGUUCAUCAGUGAGCAAGCAUGACCUUCCCUCACAACCUGAAAAAAUGGAAAAAACAAAGUUGGAAUCCAAGAAGAACUUGCUUGCACAGAGUGACGGUCCUCUCGCUUCGCCCAUGAAUCCGAUCGUCGCUUUGACCAGAAUGCCAAGCUUGGAAUUUUUUUCUCUUUCAGAAUCUGCAAACAAAGUUCAAGAGAAACAAGACAGCGAGGAAAGCAUAACUGCUCGUCCUGUUGUCUGCUGCAUGUCAAACCAGCAAAACCUUCAAGAAAGAACAAUUAAGCUGGUUUUAAAAAGAAAAUGGUCAGAAACUAAAACUGUUCAAGACCAGAGGAUAGGCCUAGUAUGCAUUGAUGUACCACCCACAACCAAGAGAGCUAAAAAAGAAAAGAAAAGGGCGAAGAAACACAAGUCCUCGAAAGCCCAUCAUUUGUCUGGGAAAGGUACAAUGGGGAAAAUGUACUUGAUGCCACUAAAAGAUGAUCAACUAGUCAAACUUCCAGGACCAAAUCAACCUGUGGUGGUUCUGAACCAUCCAAAUCCACUUGUCCAGAUGGUCAGUGUAGAAGGUCAGACGUUAAAUAGUCACUUUAGAAACUCGUCUCCUGAUCUCUGUUAUCGGGAUGGAACCACCCAGCCCAAACCUGUGAGAAGGUGUCCUGCGUUUAAAAUGACACUGAAAAAAGUCCAGGGUCAGAAGUAUGAGGUUACCCAGCUUCUUCUAAAAGGUGUCUCUGAAAAAAGCGGUGCUCUGACCAACAUUUGAGUUUAACAAACACUGUUGUUAACAAACCCUGAUUAACCAUGUUCAUCUUGGGUUUCUCCUCCAUAUGUACACCUUUUGGUAGCGUUUUACCUCCUUUACUUUGCAAGUUCGACAGAUGCUGCAUUUGGAACAGUAGGAUGUCACCGGCUGGACCAUCAGGCUCAAAGCAGGUUUGCGAAAAACAGUAUGGGAAUGCGAGGAGAGACUUUUUUUUUACAGUGUUUCCUGGAACAGGAAUCAAGAUCUCAAGAUAACAUCUUGAUAACAUUUAAGUUGUUAUUUAAUGUUGGUCAGUGUACUUUAAAAUCUACUCGAGAUCCUGAAUCUGGAUCAAGAGUAACAUGUUAAUACGUGUACAGGAAAAUCUUUUAUGUUUGUAUAUAAAGGAAUUUGGUUUAAAGAAAUGUUUUUGUACAUUUGACACAAGAACUUGACAUUUCCAGCAUAUCGACAUAUCGCAGUGUUCAAUGUCGGAUAUUCAACUGUAGAAUAUCAACAUGACUACACAAACAAUAUUUUUCUUUUUUUUUUUUUUUACCUGGAGAUUUGCCUCAUCCAAGUUUUUAGAGUGCUCCCUAAAUGCUUUAUGUAUAUACGAGAGAGAAGUAGGAACACUAUUUUGUGUAAUGUGCCAACAUCUAUAUGUCAGUGUCGUGAGAAAUUUCUUAACAAGUUUGGAUGGUAAUAAAUGCAAUAUCAAAGUACCAUAUGACAAUAGAACCAUUUCAGAUUUAAUUAUCAUUGUCGUACUAAUCUAUUGCUGUCCAACAAGAUUCAUGUUUUUGUUUGAUGUUAAACCGUCCUGACAAACAUCCUGCCUUUUCAGUUUGAUCUGAAGGAUGCGCCAGAAUUUUAGCGACUGAAAUUUAUCAGCAAAAACCACACUUUCAGUUUAAAUAACAGAAAUUUCAUCCAAGAAGUUUUUAACUAAGGUUUAAAUAAUGACUUCUGAACAUAGCGUCCUGGUCAAUAUGUAGACCACGCACAUGUGGUGUUUUUAUUUGACUGCAUGGACUCAUCAAGAGUGAAGUGUUCUUUCAUUACUUUGGAUUUUUUUUGGGGGGGUAAUAAAUGCUAUUAAUUAAUUACUUACUGAAAUUUUCAGUAGUAUUUGAAAAACAAUGCCAUCCAGAUAAAACACAUCUGUUUUAUUCCCCUUAAUACAGCAAAGAAUUUUAAUAAAUGUUUAAUGUAUUGUAUUAAACAAUGUUGUGCUUUUUAUCAGGAUAUAGUCAUAUUUAAAGGAGAACUGAAGGCAAUUGUUUUUAAUCAAAAUUCUAUUUCUCAUUUUAUUAAAUGGAGGAAUGCAUUUUUGGAUAGCUAUUUUGUCACUGCUAUAGCAAGUUAUGAGUGUUUGAAAUAUGCUAUGUAAGAUAUCAUUCCAUGACCUAUGGUCAUGAGCUUUGGGUAAUGACAGAAAGAACAAGAUCGCGGAUACAAGCGGCUGAAAUGAGUUUCCUUCGCAGGGUGGCUGGGCGCUCCCUUAGGGUGAGAAGCACAGUCACUCGGGAGGAGCUCGGAGUAGAGCCGCUGCUCCUCCACAUCGAGAGGAACCAGCUGAGGUGGCUCGGGCAUCUUUUUCGGAUGCCUCCUGGAUGCCUCCCUGGGGAGGUGUUCCAGGCAUGUCCCCCCGGGAGGAGGCCCCGGGGAAGACCCAGGACACGCUGGAGGGACUAUGUCUCUCUGCUGGCCUGGGAACGCCUCGGUGUUCUUCCCGAGGAGCUGGCCGAGGUGUCUGGGGAAAGGGAAGUUUGGGCUUCCAUGCUUAGACUGCUGCCUCCGCGACCCGGUCCCGGAUAAGCGGAAGAAGACGAGACGAGAAGAUAUCAUUCCAUGUGUCUAAAGGCCCCGUCACACUUAUUCGGAAUUGGCAGGAAUGAAAAAUUUUUCAAAAUUCGUGCCACAUUCGGGCGGGAAUUUCAAACUGACCAACAUUCCUACAGCUUUGUAAGAAUGCUGUUUGAAUACUUAGAAUGCGCUUCGAACCCGCCUCGAAUGAUUCUUGCACAUUCCGGGUGUAUUAGCUUUCGAAUGCAGUUCGAAUGUAGUUGGAACACAGUAGGAAUACUUAGAAUGCAGUAAGAAUAUUAAGAAUGCACUUUGAAUGCUGUACGAGUGCGGUUCGAUUGCUGCCCGAAUAGCGCCCGAAGUCUGGUCGGAAGGUGCCUCGAAUGCUGUACAAAUUCACCUCAAAUGCAGUCAGAAUGCUCCCGGAAUAGCCGCCAAUUAUGUUUUAAAGGUCUAAGAAUUCAAAGAGAAUGCAGCUCGAAUACUUAGAAUGUACGUCGAAUAUCCCGGAAUAAACGAAGAAUUUUCAUUCCGACGGCAUUCCGGCUCAUUCGAGGCACAUUCGGGAUAUUCUGACAGGAUUUGAAGUGGCUUGCCAUUUCGAUUUUUCCCUCGAACACGAUCAUAAUGUUUCGAAUGCUGUUGGAAUGCCGUAAAAAUAUUUAGAAUGCAGUUAGAAUACACUUCGAAUGCCAUACGAUAUUUCUCCUCUUCGAAUGCACCUCGAAUGUUUUGAGCAUGAGCAAAACAUUCGGGCCGGCCACAAGAAUGGGGCCGAAUGUUUGGAAUGCGCUCAGAAUGCAGUCAGAAUUUUUAGAAUGCACUUCGACUAUCCCGGAAUGUACGAAGAAUUUUCUUUCUGACGGCAUUCCAGCUCAUUCUGCCUCUAGUGCAGGGGUGUCCAAACUG